AUGCUUGUUAGGCUGGUUCGAAUGUUUCUUGAAGGUGCUGCAGGUGUCGCAGUAACAUCACUGAUUGGUUUGUAUGUGUACCAGAACAAACUUGUUUACCCAUCUUGGGCGCAGGGAGCUCGAGAUCACGUUGAUACGCCCGAUAACUAUAAUUUGCCAUAUGUUGAACGGCGAUUAAUGACAAAAGAUGGAGUGGAGAUCCGUGCAUUUGAUAUCAGAAGAGAGGACUCCAAUACAACCUGGCUCAUCUUAUGUCCUAAUGCGGGCAACAUAGGGUACUUUCUAUCGGUAGUGGAGUUGAUAUACCGACAGUUCAACAGCAGCGUUUUCAUAUAUUCUUAUCGUGGUUACGGCUUCUCACAAGGCUCUCCAUCAGAAUCUGGUUUGAAAUAUGAUGCAGACUGUGUGAUGUCUUUCUUGCAGCACGAUUCCUUUUAUAAAAGUCAAAAAAUGGUGUUGUACGGUAGGUCUCUAGGAGGAGCAAAUGCAAUCUAUAUUGCAAGGAAUUAUCCUCAAAUGUGCGAUGGAGUUAUCUUGGAAAAUACGUUUUUGAAUAUUCGCAAAGUCAUUCCGCAUGUGUUCCCGUGGCUCAGGUACGUGGCCUUCAUGUGCCAUGAGGUUUGGGAUUCGGAAGAGGAAAUCAAGUUUGUCGAUCCAACUUUGCCCUUUCUAUUCCUUUCUGGCAAAAAAGAUGAGAUUGUUCCUCCUGAACACAUGGAGACGCUUUUCAAUCUGUGCCCCAGUGACAACAAAGAGAUUAUAGAAUUUGAAAAUGGAUAUCACAAUGAUACCAUCGUGCAAGAGGGUUACUGGGACGCGGUGUCAAAUUUCUUGAACAAAUACGUAUGA